AUUUAGUCAACACGCCAUUCUCUGUAACACACUGCUGUGGUGGUGGAUAUGGUUGGAAUUGUCUGUGGAGUUUUGCCCAUUGAAGCCUGGAGGAUAAUCUCGACCCUAUCUAAGAUCGUAUCCUGAGCUUAACUCGUUGGUCUCCAGAGAAAUGGAAAGAAAGAGGACCCUGCCCUGCCUACACCCCCUACUCCAGGACCCUGAGGCUUUUGGAUUUAUGUCACGUGUUGCCUUACAAGCAGAAAAGAUGAAUCACCACCCCGAAUGGUUCAAUGUGUACAAUAAGGUCCAGAUAACUCUCACUUCACAUGACUGUGGAGGACUGACCAAAAGAGACAUAAAGCUGGCUCAGUUUAUUGAGAAAGCUGCUGGUUCUGUGUAACGGAAUAGAACUGCAUAGGAGCUCAAAUUUGUGUUCAUGUUGCUAUACUUUUAAGGCACCUUGGAUGGAUAAAUUCUACUUUUUUUCUCUCCUUAUCUGAAAAUGAGUCUGGGUCUUAAUAGGUUCCAAGCUUAAAUUCAAAGAUGGUUGUAAUUGUAAUGCAA